CUUAGGCCAAAGAAUAUGAAACAGUAAUAUAAAUUUCUAUCGAAACGAACGUGAUGUACGAAUAGUCAUUUUAUCAUGGCCGCUCAGUCUAAUUUCGAAAGGUCGAAAAAUCCUUGAGAGGUUGAGCAGCGAAUAUCGAAGAGCCCUCCAGAUGAAAUUUCGCAAAUCCUCCACGUCCAGCCCGAAAAUGGAAUUGCUCUCGAGGCGGUCGUCAAGCGACCGGAUGUCGACCCUCAAGCGGUCGAGAUCCUUCCGGGCUUCGAUGAAACUUAUGUCGAAGCUGCGAGCUCACGCGAGUCUGCGCUUGAACACUGGCUUCGAUCUGUCCCCGGUGUCGUCGCGAGGGUCGAAGAAACAACGAAACAAAUCGUCCCCGACGGAACAGAUCGAGAAUUCCUCGAAAGACGCCAGUUCAAAGAGUCCUAGCCUAAAAGGAAACUCGGUUUCUCCGAGAUCGAGUGAAUCGGAGCCUCACGCAAUCGCCAGAGAUCUGAAAAGCAAAUUGCGCCUCACGGACAAAAUAGCGGGGAGGGAUCGAGAGAAAUUGCCCAAAAAGAACGACAUCGUGUCUCCGAUAGUACCGCGUGUAUUUCGCUGGAAGAGCAACGACGAGACUUCGAUGCCCAACGGCGAGAAACACAAGGAAGCUGUUUGUCCUGGUGACCACAUGUCCUACGAGAAUCCUACUUUCCGGCUGGACAGUUCCUUGGACUCGUCCGUGUCCGGUUUCCUGUUCGAAACCGAGAGUUCCGACCACGUGGCGAGCGAGGUGAAGGAAGAACCUUCGAAGAGAAACCUUGAUCCUGGAUUAACAAUCGUCGUUGAUUGCGAGAGAUCAACGGGUGGGAACGAAGCUGUGACUGGCGAAUUUGCCCGGAUGAAUCUCGCGUGCAGUAUGAACAAUCGUCCCGUGUUCGCCGCGACGAAAGGUAGAAGCUUGUCGGUGGACGACGUGGUCUUGCAGGACGAGGAAGUGGCCAGCAGCCUGGUGUUGGACACCGUUGAUGGGACGAGUUUCGAUUGGAGGAGCGAUUACGCGAUCGAGAAGGGGCUGAAGAACAGCGAGAAAGCCGUUCGAAAGCCAUCGGUUUGCUCGUCAAGGUCCUGUAGAAUCCGCACGGUGGACAAUAUCGCGAAUUUUUGGACCAAUGCUCGCGGCGGAAGCUUUCGUAACAAGGUGACGGUGGGAAGGAAGAAGUCGAUGAGAGACUCGAGGGAACCCGAAUCCAUGGAUAGUAGGGUCAUUUUCACGACCACUUCUGGAUCAAAGCUGUACUCUUUGCAAGGGAUGGAGUUCCUGGAGGGUUUCGGCAAGAAAAAACAUCAGGCAAAUCAGCAAUCGAACAAUAUCUCGUCGGUGCACAUCAAUCCCCUAACGGCACAGUCUCUCAACAUACACCUGCAUGUCAAAUCUCCAGAAUCUCUGGGCACUCAUUUGGCUUCGUUGCUGUUGGAAGCGGAACACAGAGUUCAAGAACUCGGCGGGAACACUUCCGGUAGCGGCGGGACUACCCUCCUGGAACCACCGAGCAGUCAUAGAUCAAGUUUUUCGUCCCAGCACAACAAUCUCACGGGAUGUGGUGGUAAUAACGAGGACAAGCAACUCGCUUUGUGGGAAAGAAGAGCUAGAGCGCUUAGAAAAAUGUUGCUUGGAUUCGAUCAAGCGAGACCGCCAGAUAUGCCGUUUUUGGUCGCAGUGGACGUGACGGGAACAAAUUCUGUAACAGUGAGAUUUCAAGAGCCAGAUUCCCACGAUUCCCCUAUCUGCACAAAAUUUAAAGUUCAAUGGAGUGUCAAGGAAGAUUUCUCAGUAAUCUGUGGCGAGAGGGAGGUCCUGGAUAUGAAACAGAGAGAGUGCAGGAUCGACGAUCUGACCCAGGGACAGAAAUAUUACUUUCGCGCAGCUGCUGGCAAUUUGAAGGGCUACAGCAGAUUCAGGAACUCGACUCCUGCCCAUGUAACACCUAGCAGCUGGAGAGACAUCGAUGGCCGAGUGCCAAGGUUUGCCGGCCGAUUGGAGCAGUUGAAUACUUUAUUCACGGACAUAAGGCGGCCGGAGUACACUCAAGAGACGCCAGCCGUGCAGAGGCGUAAUCACAAGAAGAAGACAACGAUAAAGCAGCUGUUCACGGCCACCAGCAAGUUUCAGAAGAACUUGAGGCGCGGCGUGUUUCUUGCUUGUUUAUUAUACCACGAGGAUAAAAUAUUGGUAACGAACGAGGAUUUCUUGCCUGUGAUUGAAGUCGACGAGACUUACCCUAGCUGUAUUUACAACGACUUCCAUUGGCUUAUGAAAGUGGGCUGCACUUGGGACGAUGUUAAAACUCUUCGGCAAGAUAUGGAGAAAAGUCACAGCAGCUCGACCAAUCACUUCAGGAUAAAACUUUUACAGGCUGCUGCGCAGAUGCAGGCAGCACUGUGUAUACAAGACCUUGGUCAAUUGUACCAUAAACCCAUCAGAGACGUUCAAGGCACCAUGGUUUUCUCCACGGUGAAUUACAUAAAAUUCCCGAAAUCGAUCUCAGUGUUAAACAGCAGAUGGUUGCCGCUUAGUAAAGUCACGAAGAAAGUCAUCACUCAUGAAGAUAGUAACGUAGCAGAUAUUUUAAUUGCCAGUAUACAGGAACAGAUGACCUAUCAUCAAGUUAGCAGUAUCAAGCUGUCAAAAGGACUGUAUCUUGGUUAUUUGAAGAUGCAAAGUAGCGUUGAUCUUAUACAAGUCGUGGUACCCGCAAAAUCGCCUAAUGUUUUACCUCAUUGCAAGAUUCGUGACAAUCCGCACGUUUCUGCUGAAGAGUGGGAUUAUCUGAAAAGGAUAACACGCAUUCAUGCAUCAGACGCAUCGGUCAAAGAUUGCGAAGAAAAGGAAAACGUAACAAAUGAGUCUCAAGGUACAGAACAGCAAAAAUUGUUCGUCGAUCUGGUUGCUGCUACAGCGAGACGACUGUUCAGUUACAUGGAGAUCAGUCCUGAAGACUCUUUAUUGCAUCGACUCUACGACGCCGAAGUUAUCGAUCUAACUCACGACGUGUCUUUUCUAAUCGCUGUGCCUCCUGCAGAAACCGCCUGUUGCGUACCAGGUACCAGAGAAAUCCUUCUUCAACGUGGUGAUCUUCUGUCCUUGCCUAUCCAAGUAUUCGAGAUGGUCCACUUGAACACCUAUCAAAAAGAUGUGAUUAACAGAUAUUCAAGAUUAAGUUGUAUCUUGGAACUCGACACAGCGCAAGCUCAAUAUAAUCAUAGAGAAGCAUUCAGUUCUCUGGAGUUAAGCGUGGCGAAGGAUAAAUUGGCCAGGCUGCAGGAUCUUCAGACUCAAGUGAACACUGUAUGGAAAGGAGCCAGGUGGCUCAUCGAUGUGAUCACGUUUGCUAGAGAUCGUGGAUCUUCGCAGCAGAGCAGUUCAUCACAGACAGUCGGAAUUUCCAUGAAACACUUGCUCAGCCUUGAUCGAAACAGAAGCAACAGUAAUAGCAACAGCCUAAAGAGAAGUUUGCUGCAAUUACCGCCGCGCGAUCCAAAGCUGGUGAAAUCUAGUCCCGGUCGAGGUAGUUGGCCAGGGCCUAACGUAUCUAAUUCCUCCUCGAAUCUACUCACUACCGAGUUUAGCAAAAGCGAACAGCAAUUACCUAGUGGCCAGUAUAUUCGCAAGGGCAGCAACACCUCGAACGUGUCUACCGGCUCAGAACCCCCAAAGUCUUCUGUGCCCAUGAGCAGCACCAGCAAUCUUAGCAAUACGGCCAGCAUUGGCAGCAACAACCAUCUGGUACCAUUACAGAACACCAGACUACCGCCAUCUAAAUCCGAGGACACUCUGAUCCUAACGAAAUACAAACAUAGUCCCAGAAAUAGGUCAGCUACGAUCACGUCCGCGUCGGCCAGCACUAGUCCAUUGCUCAGCAUAAAGCCUAUCAUUUACGGUGGCUCGCUGUUGAGCGUGUCCACAGCCAUGACAAACACGACGAGCUUGUUGAGUGUCAGCAACACCAAUUCUGACAGUUUGCAUUCGUUAAGUAGCGACGAGUAUUCGACACCCAACUCGAGCGUCUGCAUAAAGAGUGGGCUUGCGAAGAACAAAUCAAGCAAACCGACCGCUAGUGUCGCGGCCACAGCAACCGGUUCGUUGGAGAGUCAAUUGGAGGAGGAGAAAGACGAAGCAACUAUGAUGCCUGCUCCUCUACCUGGCAUUCUUCAGGUAACACUUGUCACAUUUCAGGUGUCAAUUUAUUAAGUAGAAAUUGGGACUCAUGUGAAGUCAGUAGAUGAAAUGACAGGAUUGAGACCCUGUUGAUAGUUGAGCAUUGUGAUAGAAAUCAUCAUGGAGGAUUGUUUUGUUGAAAAGAAUUCUGUCAUUAUUAGUUGCGACACGACCGUUGCCUCAUUCUCAAGAUCACGGCAGGUUACAAUUAUAAGCGACGAGAGUAAUAAUGUCUUGGGGACAGCUAGUACAAUUCUCUAGUCACGGUCUCUUCCCAUUAGCCGAAGAAUUAUUUCUUAUGCAAGCUUCCUUAGAGUAAUGCUUAUACCAAUCCUGAACCGCAAAAGCUUAUUAUUAUCUUUCGGAGAACCGCUCAUUAAGUUUAAAUAAUAUUUUUCCUUGUAGGGAACACAAGUCUAACCCGAUUGUAGUUAAAAACAGCUCACUUGGUCUUCUAGUGCAGACCGAUGUAGCAGACAUAUGAGUUUACGCGGCCUACGAAACCGGCCUGGCUUCCGGAACCAGCCUGAAAUUACACGUUACCCCAAGGACCACGGCCAGAGAAGUUGUGAACCUAGUUGUGAAGCAACUGAACAUGGCGGUAGUUUUGAAGGGCCAGGAGGGGCCCAUUUACACAGCCGACGAAUUGCCGAAUUUCUGCUUGGUAGCGGUGAUCGGUGCUAGGGAGCGUUGCCUGAGAGAUGACUUCAAGCUGCUGCAACUUCAGAAUCCGUGGAAGAAGGGUAGAUUGUACGUGAGACAGAAGCAAGACGUCCUCGCAGCUCUUGAACACAGCAGCAAACACACCGCGUAUUUAUAGCAUAAGUAACGAAAGAGAGAAGAUUGUGAUUAGAUGGGACAUCGGGAAAGAGGGGAACUUCGUCGCGAUUCACGAUGUCUAAUCGAUAUAACAAAUGCUACGUCUCGUUAAUAAUUGGCGAUAGAAGCCAAAGAUCACUUAGUAGAAUGCGUUCUGUGUCUCAUGGUAAUUAGACGUCAGAUAGAUAGACGCAGUAGAUACUCUUCCGUUCGCCGUUGUAUUUUCCUGUUUUCUUGUUCACUUUAAUACUGGACAAAGGACAUAGAUUGCGGGUGAACCUUGCGAGACGCAGAAUGCAAUCGGAUAUGUACAUAAAAUAAACGCUUGGCUACAUGAUGAAUUUUUCAGUUAUACCUCUCGAGGCUCUAAGUAAAUUACGUGUAAUUAGGUAGGGGAAUGAUAGGAAAGGCACGACGAUCGUCUGUAACGACGGGAAUAUUAAGUUGCUUGCGUUCAGGCGACCCAGAAAAUACAUUCCAAAUGAGUUUUCGACCCGGCUGCUGUAAUUUCUCGCCGAUGGACUAGGCAGUAUUGCAAAGAAAUGGAUAAUACUCAUGGUAUAUUAUAUAUUGUUAUAUUUUAGGUACCGAUCUCAGUGUUUUACUCGAUAUAGACGCAUCACACCGAUUACAAAUGCGCCAAAUGCUUAAGAAAUUUCAUUGUUGUCCCGAUUGUAUUCGACGCGUUCAAACUACAUCGUUUCUUAUUUUUAUUCAGAGCUUUCUUUAUCUUCUUGGAUAGGAUCUAAUUUUCGGUAAGAGAACUUGUACACGUCGAACAAACUGACAGCACGAACGUUUGCAGAUAGAAGAAAUUUUGUAUUUAUAUUUUUUAAAUCCAUCUAACCGCUCAAGGAUUUAUUUCAAGCAGUUUCGCUUGACCGAGUCUUUGUCAUCGACUUCAGGAGAUACACGAUUCUCGAAACGAUUUCUUCUCUGUAAUUCGGUUUUAAUUUAAUCUGUUAACGUUAACGUUCUUUUAUCAAUGUGAGAAAUUUUCUUAUCAUCCAUUAUAUAAUUUCUUUUCUCACUUGUAAAUAAUGGGAACAGUGAAAACGUCCUAAAACAUUAACUAAAAGAGAAUCACUCAAAGUUAUUAGAAAAUGGCGAGUAGAGCAGAUUAUGAUUAUACGUAAAAUUAAAACGUAGAAGAAGCGUGAUCCAGAUAAUAAAAGAGGCUUAUAAACUGUUGCGUAGAAAUAAAAGAGUAUUAUUACGGUUAUUAAGGUUGUUUCUUCUUAAGAUCACGAUUAUUUUGUUACACAUAAUUAUUCGUUCUUUUGCGUGUUUUUCAAAUUCACUUUCUGUUUGAAGACGUACAGAAGUAGGAUUUUUCACCUAACAAGCAUUGUAUAUUCACUUCUUUAUUGGUAUUUCGUUGGAGAAGAAGAACAUGUCGAGAUUUCGAAUUUAUCGAUGAUCUUGUUAGAAUUUGAAGACUUCCUAAUAAGCGACCUAGACGACGCGUUCCUGAUAAAUAUGGUGCAGAGAGAGAAAUGUGAAAUACACCCUAAUCACACGAUACCAUUUUUCGGUAAAUGUUACGUGUAGUAUGCAAUGCUUCAAGAUUCUGAGAUAAUAUUGUUCCUCUUUUUUCCUUUCUUUUUAAUCAGUUUUCUCAAUUAUUAGGGAUCUCUCAACUUUUGUUACAUAAUAAAUAGCGUGAGAAAUGUCAUUGCUGUUGGAUCCGUCCUUUAUCUCUGAUAAAUGAAAUUUUGAAAAUUCAAUUUACUUGGCGUUUAAAUAAUUGAACCUUGGUAUCGUGCGUCGAGGGUCCACCUAAGUUUAAACAAAGAAAAUACAAUGCAGAUAUUUUUUUAUCAAGGAAACAAGAGAGAAGGAGGUAAGGGAGAAGGUGAAAAAGAGAUUUUUACUAUAUUUUGCCGAAGUGCGUACUCGUUCGUAUCCUCCUGAGGAACGUGAACAAUACACAUUUCCAUGGAAAUACGAAAAUCUGUCUGUCUGUGUGUCGAUAUCAACGGAUGUGACAGACCGAGAGAAAGAGGUGCGCAAAAGGAGGCAGUAGUGAAAAAUGGUGGAGAAUUUUAAAACGCUAGAAAAUUUAUUAGCUCUACCUGAGUAUUUAUCGAUGUUGAGUGUAAAAUAAUCAUUAGCAGUUAAGUGUUACCGCAAGAGGAAGUUUAACACUCGAGAACUCCUAGUUUUCCUCUCAGGCAGGAGUUCCAAAAAAAAAAAAAAAAAAAA